AUGGAGCACACGAAUCAUCGCCGCCGUCGUGGCCUCCGCCUCCCUCGCCAAGCUUUGGCGGCUACCGUGUCGACGUCGACGACGACGCUCCUGCUGCUGCUUCUCAUCUGCCUCACGGCGUUGACGAGGACGCCGGCGGCAGAGGCGCUGCGCAAGCGCAGGGACGAGGGCGACGCUAGCAGCGGCGGAAGUGGGAGCGGAAGCGGAAGCGGAAGCGGCUGCGACAACAACGCCGGCAAGCAAUCGUCGCCGGUGUGGGUGUUCGGGGACUCGUACGCGGACACGGGGAACCUGGGCGACCUCGGGCGGGAGCUGACCCGCGCGUGGUACGACCCGUACGGCGUCAGCUUCCCCGGCCGGCCCACCGGCCGCUUCUCCGACGGCCGCGUCCUCACCGACUUCAUAGCCUCUGCGAUGGGAGUGCCAACGCCGGUGGCGUACAAGCUGCGCAGGGGCGCCGCGCGCGGGCUCAUGGCGCGUGGCAUGAACUUCGCUGUCGGCGGCGCGGGCGUGCUGGACACCGGCAACUUCCAGCGCAACAUCGGCGCGCAGAUCGACCUGUUCCAGGCGCACCACCCGCCUCCCACCCGCGGCUGCGACGCCGGGGUCGCCGUCGUCGUCGUCUCCGGCAAUGACUACUCCUACGCCGCCGACAAGGACAACAGCACAAGCGCCGCGAUCGCGUAUAUCCCGGCGGUGGUGCGGCAGCUCCGGGAGCAGCUGCGGCGGCUGCGCGACGAGGUGGGCAUGCGCAAGGUGGUGGUCACCAACCUGCACCCCAUGGGGUGCACGCCGCUCUUCACCCGCGCGCUCAACUACUCCGCGUGCGACCCGCUCGCCAACGCGGGCGCCGCGCAGCACAACGCGGCGCUCCAGUCCAUGCUCGCCGCGCUCGACCCGGCCAACCGCACGUUCCUCCUGCUCGACCUCAACACGCCCUUCGCCGCCUUCGUCGAGGACGUGCCGGCGGCGGAGAGGUUCGCGGAGCCGAGGCGGCCGUGCUGCGAGAGCUUCAGCGCUGACGGCCACUGCGGGCAGCAGGAUGACAGCGGCAGGCGGCAGUACACGCUGUGUGAUGACCCGAGCAAGCAUUUCUACUGGGACGACGUCCACCCGACGCAGGCCGCGUGGGCCGCCGUCGCCCGAACAUUCAGGCCCAAGAUCCACGAGUUCAUUCUGUCUACCUGA